AUGUCUCAAACUUAUUCUCAUAGAUUAACAAAAUAUGUUCACGUUCAGGAUAAAUUAGGUCCAAAUCAAACGGCUAAACGUGCUAUAUGCAAAGCUUGUGAAAGCCAUGAACAUAUCUUUGAGAAGGGAAAAAAUGAAAGCCUUGAACUGUGGGAAUAUUGGAUCGAUGAAGAUCAAGAAUUAAUGAUGUAUGAACACCAUGAUGAAAGUAUGGCGUGUACUGCUGUUAGAUCAUUAAGACAAGCAAGAGAACAAAAUAAUACAGCCAUGUCUAUUAUUUCAUCAGAUUCUAGAGUUUCAAAUAAUAAUACACGAAUGUCAGAAGCUUCCUCAAUCUCAUCACGUGCAAGUGAAAUUACAUAUUCUAAGAAAAAAAAAAUAAAUUAUUCACUUGAUGCAUAUGUUACUCGCCCCUUAUCAACUAGCCAAAAGUAUGAAUUUAAUCGUUGUCUCCUACGUUUAGUAGUUCAAAUGGGCUCUCAUUUUGAUUUAUUGAAUUUAGAAAAAGCCAAAGUUUCUAUUCUCUCUGAAUCACAAGAACCAGUUACAAUUAUGUUUGACGGUUGGAAGAAUGUGCAUUGUCAAGAAAUUCUGGGUGCUAUUAUUCUCUCUGCAUCAAAUCAGCUAUAUAUAUGGGGUGCCGAAGAUAUUAGCAAUUUAGCCAUGGUUACGGAUAGUGCAUCAGCAUAUGCCUCUGCGCGUCAAGCAAUGAAGAAUGCUAUUGGAAUCACAUCAUAUUUUACUGAUAAACGGCAUUCAAAGGCAAUAUCAUUACUUCGUGAUGAGCACAUUCUAAACUAUUUUCAGCAUGAUGCAGCUAAUCUUUUUGAUGUUGCAUAUGCAUUUGGAUAUGUAGCACAACAGUAUGAAAAUAAUGUUAAUGGAUUUGGUUAUAAAAUGCAACAAAAACUUGAAAAAAGAUGGGCGGAAUGGGAACAACCUCUCCUUUUAUUGGCAAUUAUAUUUCACCCACAAUAUUGUAUUCAAGCCUUUACUGAACGAUUUGAAAAUACUAUUGAAACUAUCUCAGCAGAAAAUAAAAAUAUGGCAAUGAAUAAUGUUAUUGG